AAUUAAAUAAAUAAACAAAUCCGGAGUUUCUUCCUCUUGGCGAUCGAUUUAGGCUUUUCUGGCCGGUGUGAGUAUCGUCGUGUUCGUGAGAAACAGAAUGGGGAUCAGAUUCAUUCUUAUGGUGAACAAGCAAGGACAAACCCGCCUUGCUCAGUAUUACGAAAAUCUUACACUCGAAGAACGUCGAGCUCUUGAGGGUGAAAUCGUUCGCAAAUGCCUCGCUCGUAACGAACAACAGUGUUCCUUUGUUGAGCAUCGCAACUAUAAGAUUGUAUAUAGGCGAUAUGCAUCUCUGUUUUUUCUGGUUGGAGUUGACAAUGAUGAGAAUGAACUGGCGAUUUUGGAAUUCAUUCACCUUUUGGUUGAAACCAUGGACCGUCAUUUUGGGAAUGUGUGUGAGCUAGAUAUAAUGUUCCAUCUAGAGAAAGCACAUUUCAUGCUGGAGGAGAUGGUCAUGAAUGGGUGUAUUGUAGAAACAAGCAAGUCAAACAUUCUAUCCCCAAUACAACUGAUGGAGAAAUCAUCAUGAAGAUCUACAGACUUGUUUUCUUUGGUGUAAAAUCUUGGCUGUCUUUAUACACUACUCCAUUAAGGUGUCGGAUUAAUGUUAAUGAAUUCAUUUGAUGCUGCUCUGUUCAGCCUCAUGGUAAAAUGAGUAAGAUUUGAGCGGGCACAUGAUACACCCAAGUCGAUGCAUCCUCUCCAAUGGCAAAGAAAAGAAAUAUCAAAAAUAUAUAUAUAAGCUUGCCCUGUGGCAACUUGUGAUUGGAUCUAUAAAAAUAGAUGUAAUUCAGGAUGCACUCAAAUAUUUUUCUAGGAAUAUACAAGCAAUAUAGAUCUUGAACAUCAAUCCAA